AGAUCCUGGCAGGGUGAUAAGGACCGCGGCUGCUGGCACUGAGUUUAGUGGGCGUAGCGACGGCGGCAGUGUGUAGAGCUGUCAGGACCGAACCGAACGGAGCCGGCGUGGAGCGGGCAGACUCGGUCCAUGCUGCCUACGGGCUGCGGCCGGAGGUCUGCGGCGGCGCUGUUGGCGGCAUUGAGCGAUGGUGCGGGGUGGCGGCGGGAGCUGGAGCAGCGGGCGGCGCGGAGCUCUGCUUUCCUGCAGCGCUGGGGCAGUGAGGAAGAGCAGGCGCAGCCAGAGGCCGGCUCCAGCAGUGGACGAGAGAACAAGCCUUCACCCAAGGACCUGGAGGAGCUGGAACUGCUGAACAGAGCCUUAGAGAAGGCACUGAAAGUCAGGAAAAGCAUCUUGAAAACUCCAUUAGAGGCCCAGGGAGCUACAGGAGAGAAAUCUGCAGGUGAGGAACCUGCUGUCAAGAAUGCUGAAGAGCAGCCAGUGCCUGUACCUGUUGAGGAUGUUCCUGUGAGCACGAAGGUGAGAUCUGUAAGCAGAAAGCCUGCCUCUUUGAAAAAGCCCUUUCCAUACCAGCUAAAAGCCCCUUACAGGACUGACGCAGAGGUGAAAAAACUGCAAAAGAAAGCCUUGUCCAGAUGUGUUUCUCGAAGUCCCAGGACAGCUGGGAAGAGCUCCUCAAAAGGGGUAGUUUACAAACAAGGAAGGAGUCCUAGGAGACCAGUGAGUGCCAGUGCCAGAGAGGUCUGUGCUCCAGCUGAACCCCAAAAGGCACCUGGCUCAUCCAGAUCUGCCCUGAAUGAGCAGCAAAGGUUUUCUAUAGGGGAUUCAGCUGGGGAAAAGAACUCUGUAGCUGUUGGCAGGCAGUUACUUGAUGCAGGGAAGAAAAGUUGUGGUUUCCCAGGAGAGUCCAGCAAAAAGGAGAGCCCUGCAGCUGAAGGAGCAUUGGGAAGGAGCACCUUGCCUCACAGAAUCACCCUGCAGGAAAAGGGGUGCCAGCUGAAGCUUCCCCUUCCCUACAGGAAAGCCUAUUUCAGGAACUUCAGGGCAUGGGAGAGAUGUUGUCUCUGCCAAACAAGUGCAGAUGCAGCAGCUGCCAGGACCCGUUUCGUAGAGAGGAUCCAGAGAACAUUCUGUUCACCAAGGCCAGCCUUCAGUCCUGCAGAGAUGGAGGAGGAGUUAAAGGUCCUCCAGGAUGUCCCCUCCCUUCUGAGCCAGUAUUUGGAAGCUGAGCUUGCAGACCAACCCACCCUGCAAAGAGAGUAUGAAAGCCUUUUAACCUUGGAGGGUUUGCAAACCACAGUUUCCCAGUGCCUGCAUAAGCUGCAGCUCCUGCGAGCAGCUGUGGAAUCCCAGAGGAAGAUGCACCCAGACUGCGCUGGGGACAUGGGAAGCUGCUCUCCAGCCUGUAUUCCUUCCAGGGGACAGAUGUGUGACAGUGCAGGCAUUCUGGCUGUGCCUCUCCUUUGUUACUCCAGUUUCCAGGAGCUGAGGGACCUGUUUGCCUUGAAGCUGCAGGUGUCAAUACUGCACCAAGAAAUUGCCUUACAAAAGGUCAUGAUGGCAGAACUCCUGCCUGUCCUGGAGGCUAGGCCCUGGCCGGAGGCCUCUGCAGCGCAGCUCUAUCGGGCCAUGUACACGCAGCUCUGUGAAGGAGGCAAGAGAUUUCCUGUGCUGGUGAAGGAUGAACUGGCAGACUGAGCCCAUGGGAACCUCCUCCUGGCCAUUCACGUAACCACAGUUUUUAAGCAAUAAAUGUUUUCUUGUUUUCUGUUAA